CUGCAGAGCGAGACUCCCCCAGGGCCCAGGCUCCAAGCUCCCUUCUUCCCAUUCGAAUUUCCUGUUACAAUACAUUCAUGAACAUCACAAGCCAUACCAGAACAUGGCUUUAACUUGGCCUAACCAUCUGCUUUUUCGGUCUAGCACCAACUUUGAUAUCUUCUCCGAUCUCACCGGACCUCACUCCUGUGAAACGCUAUGGCCCACUUCGACUCUAGUUCGCCGGAGAAACAUCACGUUGACGGCCAAGACUUUGAGGCUCACACUCGGAUGCUUCAGCAAAUCCACGGAGGAUAAGCAGUGGACUGAAGCGGAAACUGUUGUUUCAGAUUCCGAUACUGAGGGCAGAGACGAGGAGAAUGAUGCUCGCAGCCAGAUUUCUGGUGCCAAUAAUGGGCGGGUUGACUCCCUAUCCCAGAGAACUGCGACCACCGCGUUUGGUGAUUCUGUCUCCUUGGGAAUUCGGGAACCAGUUUAUGAGGUUGUAGAAGUAAAGUCAAAUGGGGCGGUAUCAACCAGAAAAAUCAACAGGAGAGAACUGUUAAGGAUGAGUGGUCUUCGUCCAAGAGACAUUCGAAGUGUGGAUCCAUCAUUGUUUUUGACGAAUUCAAUGCCUUCGUUGCUGGUCCGUGAGUAUGCUCUGCUUCUAAAUCUGGGUUCAUUGCGAGCAAUUGCAAUGCAAGAGCGUGUACUUAUUUUUGACUAUAAUCGUAAAGGUGGGAAAGCUUUUCUUGAGUCAUUGCUGCCUCGGUUGAACUCAAAGAAUGGCAAUGGUGGGCCGUCUAUGCCGUUCGAGCUUGAGGUUGUUGAAGCAGCGUUGCUAUCAAGAAUACAGCGGUUAGAGCAGAGAUUAAUGGAUUUAGAACCCCGUGUUCAAGCUCUUCUUGAGGUCUUGCCUAAUCGAUUAACCGGUGACAUAUUGGAGCAACUACGUAUUAGUAAACAAACUUUGGUUGAGUUAGGUUCCAGAGCAGGAGCUCUCAGACAAAUGCUGCUUGAUCUUCUGGAAGACCCUCAUGAAAUACGCCGUAUAUGUAUUAUGGGAAGAAAUUGCAUUCUUAAGAGAGGAAGUGAUGUUGUGGAGUGCUCAGUGCCCUUAGAAAAGCAGAUUGCUGAGGAAGAAGAGGAAGAAAUUGAGAUGCUUCUGGAAAAUUAUCUUCAGAGAUGUGAAUCUUGUCAUGGUCAAGCUGAAAGGCUUCUUGAUUCUGCGAGGGAAAUGGAAGAUUCUAUAGCUGUCAAUUUGAGCUCACGGAGGCUUGAGGUUAGCAGAGUAGAGCUGCUUCUUCAGGUUGGGACAUUCUGUGUGGCAGUCGGUGCCCUAGUUGCCGGUAUAUUUGGCAUGAACCUUAAGUCAUAUCUUGAAGAACAUGUGUUUGCCUUUUGGCUGACAACAGGUGGGAUUAUAGUUGGCGCGGUUAUUGGUUUUUUCCUUGUGUAUUACUAUCUCAAGGCAAGGAAAAUACUUUGACCGGAAGAAACUUCAAACUCGGUUCCAGACAGUAUUAACUCUUCGAUAUCUGAAGGGAAUCCAAUUCAUUUGGCAGGCAUCAUCCAAAAAACAGAAUAAUUCAGCGCUCGACAUAUGCGGUCAUUGUACACAAGGGUUAUUCAAAAUGGUCAUGAGAUCACGUGACAGGAUUCACGUGACUCGUAUCCCUGGGUUGUAUUUUUUAGCGUCUGUAUUAGCCAAUGCUUAUUUAUUCGUGGAGCUGACUAUGGCUGUAACAUUCGUGAUCAAUGAAUGAAUUGAAUAAAAUCAGUCAUAAAGAAGAAAAUUAUUGUGAAGAUUAUGCAUCA